AAACAAUUAGUCAAUAAACACUAGAAAUAAUAAAUUAAAAACCCUCAAUGUCUAUCUACCAAAUAAUAUAAGCGGCUAAACACUUGUUUGGUCGCCGGUUCUUCGACCUUGUACGGUUUUCUCCGUUGAUUCACUGUGCGCCAUAUCGCCUCUGUUUCUCUCUUCAUCUUCUUCCAUAUACCGAUCAUAUUUCUUCUUCUCCACCGCCUGAUUGUCUUCUUCUAGGGAUCGAAUGAGCACAAUCCAAAGAUGAUUUGGUGUUGAACAAGAGAAAAUAAACUUUGCAUUUUAUUUAGGAAGUAUGUUUGUCUAGUUGCAAACUGGUUGACACUCAUAUUCAACCUGGACAUAAUAUAAUCUAGCAAAUUCAAAAUAUGCUAAAAUCAUAGAUUCUACAAACUAUCAUAGAAUUCUUACACCUUUCAACAUUUUCUUGGUUUCUUCCUUUCUUUCUUUCCUUUCAACAUUUUUCUUGGAUGAAUUGGGAUAUGGAGAUUCUGCCAAAUCCAAGCUGGUUAGCUGCUGCAGAGAGCUGCAAAAGUCCUGCAAAAUGGACCCAGGCCGAGAACAAAGCCUUCGAGAACGCGCUAGCGCUGUACGACAAGGACACGCCGGACCGGUGGGAGAAGGUGGCGGAGAUGGUCCCAGGGAAGACGGUGGCUGACGUGAUUUCGCAGUACAGAGAAUUGGAGGAGGAUGUUAGCUGCAUAGAGGCUGGGUUGAUGGAUUUGCCUCCCCUUGCUCCCCCUUCCACCUCCCCCUUCACCCUGGACUAUUGGGGUGGUGGCGGCGGCGGCGGGGGGUUCAAUCCGCCAGGGCGUUCUUUCCCCGGUGGCGGGAAAAGACCGCCCUCCAAUCGAACGCCCGAGCAAGAAAGGAAGAAAGGCGUUCCUUGGACGGAAGAAGAACACAGGUUGUUCUUAAUGGGGCUAAAGAAGUAUGGAAAAGGGGAUUGGAGAAACAUUUCUAGGAAUUUUGUGAUAAGCAGGACACCAACACAAGUGGCCAGCCAUGCCCAAAAAUACUUCAUUAGGCAACUCUCAGGCGGCAAAGACAAGAGAAGGGCCAGCAUUCACGACAUCACCACCGUGAACCUCAGCGAAGAACAAAUCCGGUCGCCGGAAAACAAGAAACCGGCGGCGGCUACGCCAGAUCCCCAGCAGACAAACACUGGUGUCCAGAAAAUGCCCUUUCAGUGGAAUAAUAAUGGGGCAGUCAUGGGAAGUUUCAGCACAGGUCAGGGCAACUUUUUUGGGACCUCCCCUUAUGGUGUAGGGUCCUUUGGAAUAAUGAAUAGAGCGCAACAAGGAAGUGCUGCUUUGCAAGAAAUUUACUUUGGACCCCAAAGAAGGGCUCUUUAGGGUAGUACACUCAUAUGUGCAGCAGUACCACCAUCAUUUCAAGCUUAGCUUGAUUGUAAAAAAAAACCAUUUUAGCCUUCAACAACAAGCUUUAUUUCAGUCUUUUUUUGUCCUUUUUUUGCCUUGUAAAUAUGUUGUCUUUACAUUUUUCAUAUAGCAGAGUAAAUUAAACUUUAAAUCAAGAAAAAAACCACCGUCCAAGGACUAGUUCAUGAUGUUUUAAUAAACUUUCUACUUAUUUUCUUUUCAUUAAAGUAAAGAAAUUAGUUUACAAUAU